AUGACUUGUUCGGACAAGGGAUAUACUAGGAUUAAUAUCCUUUCUACGUGCAGUAGAUCGGUAGAAACUGCUAAACACAAACGAAUUUUUAUUUCUAAAAGAACCAGCGAACUUGUUGCGCUGAUGGCAAUUUCGUCAACUUUAUUUUUAUUCUUACACACCAGGGAUCUGCAUACGCGACUUAGAUCAUUACAAUCAGUUACGAAUUCUGCAUCAACUUCAGGUGAUUCUACUGCAAUGGAGAACGAUAUUGAUAAUUUCAUCCAACAUGACCAGAAAUUGGAAGCAUAUUCUUUGAACAACACGGGUCAUGCAAAAAAAGAGUUGAUAUUUUUCAACCGAGUACCUAAAGUGGGCAGUCAGACAUUCAUGGAGAUAUUGAGAUUGCUGUCUCUGAGAAAUCAGUUUGUAUUCUACCAAGAUCAUGUGCAAAGGGUCGAAACCAUUCGUCUGGCUGAAACAGAACAGCUUCGCGUGGCUUCCAUGGUGUCAAAGUACGACACGCCUUCAGUGUUCAUAAAACACAUAUCUUUCGUCAACUUUACCAAAUUUUACCUGCCCGAACCCAUCUACAUAAACCUGGUGAGGGACCCCGUGGAACGGGUAAUCUCGUGGUACUACUACAUUAGAGCGCCGUGGUAUUAUGUGGAGAGGAAGCACGCGUUUCCCGACACGCCGUUGCCAGAUCCGAAUUGGUUGAAAAAAGACUUUGAGACUUGUGUUCUUCGCGGCGAUCGAGAGUGCAGGUACACGCAAGGAGAGAAACGCGAAGGGAUCAGUGACCACAGGCGACAGACGAUGUUCUUUUGCGGACACGACGAGGAAUGCACGUGA